AAUCUAACAUCAGAACUGUUGGAAAGAUACGAUGUGAACGUUAUAUCAGUGGAUUGGGGUAAUGGAUCCAGUCCCCCCUACACACAGGCAGUAGCCAACAUCAGAUUGGUCGGAACAAUUACUGCUCAUCUCAUUCAUACUAUGAGUACUUUGGUUGGUUUGAAGGCAGAAUUCUGUCAUGUGAUUGGUCACAGCUUGGGCGCUCAUUUGGCUGGUUAUGUGGGUUCUACUUUGCAAACGAAAUUCAGACAGAAACUUGGACGAAUCACUGGUCUGGACCCAGCAGAGCCACACUUCAGCAAGACAGACCCAAUCGUGCGUCUGGAUCCGACCGACGCCAACUACGUGGACAUCAUCCACUCGGACGCCACGCCCUUCAUCAGGGGCGGACUCGGCAUGGAUGAGCCCAUCGGCCACCUCGACUUCUACCCGAACGGCGGCGAGAACCAGCCCGGCUGUGACAAGGGCCUCAUGAACUAUGUGCAGAUGGAGCAGAACAGCUUUUUCAAAGGGGUGAGAAAAUUUUUAGGCUGUGACCAUGUAAGGAGUUUACAAUUCUUCAACGAGUCUGUGAAUACACAGUGCAAGUUUAUUGCCAUAGAGUGUGAUACAUGGGAGAAUUUCAUCGCUGGAGAAUGCUUCGAAUGCAGUGAGAAUAGAAUCUGUGCCAGUAUGGGAAUGAACUCGUUCCAUACAGUGCAGAGAGAGACGGCAGGAAGUGGAGUCAUGGACUCAGCCUUCUCUCGUAACCUGGUCAAACUUUACACCAUCACCGGACCACAGCCACCGUUUUGCCGUGACCUGUACCGCAUAGCAGUGUCGAUCUCCUCGUCAGAGGAGAGCCUAGAGCACGACGGAGAGGUGGGGCAGUUCCGCAUCGAGCUGGAGGGUGAGGAUGGCAGUCGCACCGAACCCCUGCCCGUCUUCAAGGAGCAGUACUUCAAGCCGGGCGAAGUGAGUCGCACGGUCGUGGCCGGGUCGGGCGUCGGUCGUGUCGUGUCGGCCGUGCUGCAUUGGACGCAUCAGAUGUUCUGGCUUCUGUCGCUGCGUUUCCAGACGCCCAAGGUGUAUCUCGGUCAUGUUGAAGUCGAUUACAUUGUGGAUCUUAAGGUUUACAGUGUCAAACUGUGUCCUGAUAAGGAGGAGAUAUUGUCGGGACGGUCUAUCAAGUUACAUGCAUGUUAGGACCUUAUUUUAGUCAGUGAUAAUAGAGCCACAACUGCAUACUAUAUUCUAUUCAUAGUACACCCUAUAUACUGUAUUUUAAAUCUAUACGAUUAUGUAUGAAUUGAAGAUUAAAGGUGGAAAGUUGAAGGCAGUGCCUAAAGGUGCGUACAGAUAUACGCGCCGCGAACAUGAGCAAUUCACUUUUAAUCAGCUGAUGCCAAGCUUUUUAUGUCUGUAUCUUACCGUUUCUGUAAAAAUACAGAUAUAGUCAGCUGAAUUGCUCAUGUUCGCGGCGCGUAAAUCUGUACGCACCUCUAAAAAGGAGGAUAUAUUGUCGAGACGGUCUGUCAAGUUAAAGGUAGUGCCCUAAAAAGGAGGAUAUAUUGUCGGGUCGGUCUGUCAAGUUACAACCAUGUUAAGACCUUGUUUUAGUCAGUGAUAAUUAGCCAAUAUGUACUCUAUGUUAAAUCUGUAUGAAUAUAUACUGUAAAUUUAUAUAUCGAGUGGAAGGUUGAAGCUAGAGAUUGAAGAUUGUGCCCUGAAAAGGAUAAGAUAUUGCCGGGGAGUUCUGUCAAGUUGAAUGCUUGUUAGAAUCACAUUUUAGUUAGUGAUAAUAAUCCACUGUAUACUUUAUGCUAAAUCCAUACGGCUAUUAUGGGAAUUGAAAGUUGAAGGUAUUGCCCUGAAGAGGCUGAAAUACAAGCCCAGCUAUCAGGACCUUGGUUUAGUCAGUGAUAGGCUCAACUCACACUUACGCGACCCAAGUCGAGAAGAGACUGCAAUUCUAGUCUCUUCUCAACGCAGCAUGUGUUUUCAAAUGGUGACGUCGCAGAGACUAGAAUCGACUGGUAUGAGUGUCACCAUUUGGAAACACACUAGAGUUGCAGUCUCUUCUCGAUUUGAGUCGCGUAAGUGUGAGUUGAGCCAUAAUAAACUACUAUGUACUCUAGCUACACUGAUACAGAUCUACUAUUAUACGCUAUGCUAAUCCUAUACAAAUAUACAGAAGUUUGAAGGUGGAAAGUUGAAAUGAGUGCCUUAAAAAGGAUAAGAUAUUGUUGGAGAGAACCGUUGAGUUACAAGCCUGCUUGGCCACUUCUUAGAUAGUAAUAAUAGAGCUACAACUACAUACUUUAUUCUAAAUUUAUACGAAUAUACAAGAAGUUUGAAGGUAGUUCCUUGAAAAGGAGGAGAAAUUGUUGGGUAGGUCUGUUAAUUUGAAGGCCUGUUAAGGUCACGUUUUAGUCAGUGAUAAUAAACCACCAUGAAUAACACUAGCUACACUGAUAAUCAACUACUUCUACUGCAUACUCAAUGUAGUAUAUCAUAAUACGUAGUCUUUACGAAUAUAUCAUAGGAGUUGAGGGUGGAAAGUUGGAAGUAGUGCCCUGAAUAGAUUAAGAUAUUGUCGGGCUGGUCUGUAAAGUUACAGGCAUGUUAGUGUCAAAUUUUAGUCGUGAUAAUAAUCUUAUAUCAAUGCUAAAUUUGUAUGAGUUGAAGGUUGAAGCUGGAGAGUUGAAGAUUGUGUGCCGGUUGCACAACAGCCGGUCAAAUUUUAAUCGUGAUUAAUUCCACGAGAACCAAUCAGAGAAGCCGACUUCUCUGAUUAGUUCUCGUGAAAUUAAUCACGGUUAAAAUUUAACCGGCUGUCGUGCAACCGGGCCUGUGUCUUGAAAAGGACAAUAUAUUGUAGCGGAGAUCUGUUGAGUUACAAGCCUGUUGGGCCACAUUUUAGCCAGUGACAAUAGAGCUACAUUUCAUACUUUAGGCUAUAUCCCUAUACAAACAUACAAAAGUUGAAGGAUGGGAGAUAGUGUGAUAUUUUGCCCCGACAAGAAUGGAGAUACUGUCGAGGAGGUAUGUAGGAAAUACUACAUGCCUUCUAGAGUCUUGUUUAGCCAAAGAGAUCAAAUUCUGAAAGUGUCGAGUAUAAAUUUUGGUGAAGUUUCUUUUUACUUCAGAAAAUUAUAGUGCCAUAUAGUUCUUACUAAUUACUUGUUGCUAAAUCUAUUCAGAGAAUAUGAUGAGGAUUCAAACUGUUCUGAUAAGGAAGUGAUUGUUGGCGAGAUCGUAACAGUUUCAUGGUAAUUUUUAAUCAUUCAUCUAUCAGUAUCAAAACAAUACUCAAAAGGCUUUUAAAAUUUGUAUUUACUGUUUGAUAUGUGUAUUUACUGUGCGAUUUGAUACAAUAGUGAUCAUCAUAAAGAAGAAAACUUGUGAAUAAAUGUCUCUCAUUGGUCAAAUCAAAGCGUUUAUAAUUGAAAAAUGUCAUCAAUGCAAAUUAGAGAGCUAUAUGUGCUUAUAGAUUUUCGACUAUUUACUUUAUAUUGAAAGUAUACGAUAAGAAAGAUAAGAAAUUAUUCUCAUUGGUCGAAUCAAAACGUUUAAUUGAAUAAUACCAUCAUUGCAAAUUAGAGAGCUAAGACAUGUCAUUAUACAUCUUUGACUAUUUACUUUAUAUUGAAAGUAUACGAUAGCUUUAUUAGUCGCCAUCUAAGAUCCUGAAAGGCGUUUAGAUUAUACGUAAUAACAUAUUCAAGAUAGGCUAUUGCGUUAUGAAAUAUGAUUUUUAAUACGUAUAAUCUAUCACGUGUUAUAGUUUUAAUUGAAGGAUCUAUAAUCCUCUGAGGAAAGUUAAGAAAAUUUUGCGGGGCAAAAGAAGGAUUUGAUUAAAAGUUGAUUCAACAAAAAGGAAAACGUUUUCAAUAUGUGACGAUUUACUGUAAGAAAUCGAAAAUUAUGAAAUUAAUCAAUUGAUGCCAAUUAAGUGAUGAAACAAGGUCACUGUUACAAAAACAAUUUUGAGGACAGAGUUUAUUAGAAGUGAAAAUAAAUAAAGUCAAACACAAAGUUAGAAAAUAUCAAAGAUCUGUGUUUAGAUUAUCUAGAAGUAGUCUAGUUUUGUAAAUAAUAUGAGUAAACCAAACUUUGAUUAUUUAUUACAGUGGUUUUUACAAAAAAGUAACUCCUCCAUUGAAUUAAUCAUAUUGAUUUUGUGCAAUUGUUUUAUAGUUUUCCACAAUUUUCUGAUUGUUAUUUUCUUUUGCCAAAAUUUUAUAAAUUGGAAUAAUCUAAUCUGUUACUGUAGGUAUUCAAAGUCAUAGGUACCUGAAAUCUCUUCAGUUAAGAGGAACGUUUUAGUAGUGUAUUCAUAUCUGUCUUUUGUUAUUUUCUUAUUUAUCAACAUUCUUAUCAAUUUUCCAUGACUAUCUCUUCCAGAUAGUUAUUGUUUGUCAAUAAGUUACUUAUUUCCAAAUAACUCUUCAAGUAUUUGUUUUUUCUUAUUUAUAGCCUAUAAUUAUAAUAUUGUCUCAAUUGAAAACUUUUAAUAGCUUAAAGAUGAAGUUUUACUGUAUGCUUUACAUCAUGUUUGUACAAGUAAUUUUACAAUAUUCUUCUGUCUAUGAUGAAUGCUCUUGGUAUGAGAAUGUAGUUUUUUUUUAAUGUUUAUAUACCUUGAAUCUUGUUAAUUGUUCCAUUUUCUACUUGAAUGUUGUUUAAUGCUGCAAUUUAGCAUUCAAAAGGCUUGAAAGAUGUUGGAUCUCAUUGGAAGCUUAGGCCAGAACUAUACAAUGCAAUUAAACUACUUAUUAUAAUAUGAAAAAAUUAGGUUUGCUUUUAUCCAAUCUG